AUGCCUCUCCGUGCUCUUGCGCUUGUGGCAUUAGGCCUCCUACGACAAGUGUCUGCUCUGACAUUUGCAUCCACAGGGCAGACUGUUGUGUUAGAUGGGAUCUCAUUCUACCUCCCAGCCGACCCGGUGAUUGUACUGGCACCGGAAAACACUCUCAGUCGGAAGGCGGCUGGAACGGGAGGCAUCACUCCACUGACUGUGGUCACUGCCAAUAGUACGCUAUAUACGAGCAAGGACCUGGCCGCAACGAUCAAGACGUACAAGGACUCCGACGAUGUCUAUACAGAAGGCUUUCUCGAAGCCAUAUAUGUGCAGUACACGUCACCUCAGCCACGAGGCUACAGUACUCCCAAAUUCGGCAACACCACGAACGUCACUUCUGAAGUUCUAGUCAGCUAUGUCAGCAAUUCCACGAUGAUCAUCCCUCCUGGGCCAUACUUCAUAUCCUCUGCAGGUGCGGUCUAUCAGGCAUGGAGGCUCUACAGUGACCUUGCCGGCGCAUUCACGGAAUCAGUACUCGCAAAGCCCAAUGGCGAUUUCAUGGUCCUCCCUGCUGGAAUGCCAGGCCAGCACUUGGCCAUCGCUGUGCCAUCCAGGCUAUACUACGCAAAGACAGCAGAGAAGCCACUGGCAGGCGUCCGACUCGGGAUCAAGGACAUCUACGACAUUGCGGGACUUCGUACUGGUAAUGGCAACAGAGCCUGGUAUCACCUGUACAGCGAAGCUACUGCACAUGCUACUCCCGUUCAGCGCCUCGUCGACGCAGGCGCCAUCAUUGUCGGCAAGAUGGUCACAUCGCAAUUCGCAAAUGGAGAAGAGGCGACACGGGAUUGGGUUGAUUACCACAGCCCUUUUAAUCCUCGCGGAGACGGCUACCAAGAUCCAUCCUCGUCUUCUUCUGGUCCGGGAGCUGGAGCUGCAUCAUAUGCCUGGCUCGACUUGACGCUGGGAAGCGACACUGGCGGCUCGAUUCGUGGCCCUUCUCAGGACCAAGGGCUCUAUGGCAACCGGCCGAGUCACAAUCUGGUCUCCCUAGAACACACCAUGCCACUUGCGCCUGAGCUCGAUACCGCUGGCUUCCUGACCAAAGAUCCUGUGCUCUGGGCGGAAGCAUCUCAAGUCCUCUAUCAGGACAACGUGACCAUUUCGCACUCUUACCCCAAGCAGAUCAAACUCUAUGAUUUCCCCACCAAUAUAUCUGCCCCUGGUGACGAACAGCUUCUGGACUUUGUGUCCAAAGUGAGCGCCUUCAUUGGUGCCCAAGUGGUCGACUACGACAUCCAAGCCCACUGGAACGCCACCAGCAAUGUCAAUGUCACAUUGGACGAUCUCACGUACCUCACCUAUGCCAUCAUCAUCGCUCAGCGCCAGACGGCCUUGGUCCGCGAUCCCUUCUUCGCCGACUACGCCGCAGUCCACGACGGGCGCAUACCAUUCAUCAAUCCCGCCCCAGCAGCACGCUGGGAAUUCGGAGACUCGUAUCCCAACACAACCGUAGACAUAGCCAAUACCAACCGAACACUCUUCGCCGACUGGUUCUCCCACGAGGUCUUAAUCGCAAACAACGAAAAAACAUGCAGCGACUCUCUCCUCUUCUACGUCGGCUCCCAAGCCAAUAUCAAUUAUCGAAACCAAUACGGAGACCCUCCAACACCUCCUGUCGGUUCCUUCAUUAUCAGUCAUGCAUCUCCCUUUUGGGGCGGUCCUGACUUUGUCGUACCGGUGGGUUCGGCAAGAUAUUUCAGCAAUAUUACACUGCAUGACGAGUACUUGCCCGUCACGGUCGACAUUAUGGCUGCGAGAGGCUGUGAUGGGAUGAUUUUGGGCCUGGUGCAGGAUCUUGUUCAGGAAGGGAUUUUGAAGCCGAGUUUGGCGGGAAGGAGUAAUACUGAUGGUGGAGAAAUCUUGUUGAGAAGAAGAUGAAGAUGAAAGAAUGGAAGGUGUCUGUAUGGUGAUUAAGGUAGGUAGGUAUUGUGAAUAGACGACAACAGAGAAGAGUGUGUAGAGG